AGAUGUGCAUGAAUCCUGGUUAGAGAUGUUGUUUACUCUCUCAUACACAUUCCUGACCUUUUACCUGGAAUUCCGGGAGAGGCGCGAGAAAAUGAAGUUCCUUCGACUUAUACAGCAACAUAUUGGGGAUGCUAGUAUCGUGUUUAGAAAUCUCCAGAAGAUUGUUCCAACUUUGAGUGAAUCUGGGCGAUUUUCAUCAUUGUUAGCGUCAUGUCCUGAUUGGUCAGAGAAAAUUUUGCUCACAGAUGAGGAUAAUAUGAAGCAAAUGGUCAGAUUGAGCCGGAAAAUGAAAGUCGAUCUUAGUACAUGGACUUCCUAUCUGGACUAUGGUAAAAUAGGCCCAAAUAACAAGACAGGAAUACAUCAGAUCCUCCUGGAGGCAUUCCAGCCUGACGACACCCAGGAUUUCCUGUUACGAUCUUUCUCACUCCCGAGCGGCCGUAGAACAAAGGUUCUUAAUCACGCUACACCAUUGGCAUGGAAACCAGGAAUGUCACCAUUUGGAAUUAUCGUUGAAUGCGACUCUGAGAAUUAUGCAAUUCUGGGAAAUGCAUUCCUAGAAGGGAGACUUGUUAUGGAUGAGAUGUUGACGAUACAAGAGAUGAUAUCAGUACAGGUGACAGGGACACCUAUUGACUUGCUCGAGGCACAUAGCAUACAAGCCUCUGCCAGUGAUGAGAAUGACAUAUAUGAGGACAAUACUUCUUCUAUGAGAAAGGAUGAUGAAUCUAUGAGAAAGGAUGGUGAAUCUAUGAGAAAGGAUGAUGAAUCUAUGAGAAAGGACGAUGAAUCUAUGAGAAAGGAUGAGACAUUUACCAAAAAAGAUCUCAGCGUUAAUGAUGAGUUCAAUGAUGCAAUGCUGGAUGACCUUAGUGAUAUCCCAGAUUAUGACGACGAUGACACAUCUUCAGAAGAUGAGAUUGUAGAAACCAUUCCCAGUAUUGUCCAAUCAAAACCUAGAAGGCCGGAAACGGCUUCAUAUAGGGGCAGACCAAACUCAUCUGUACCGGAUUCUCCUGUAGCUAAAUCAAAACCGAAAGUUACCCCAAGUGGAGGAUUUCUCGAUACACCAAUGAAACCACCGAACAUUCUAGUGUAUUGCGGCAAAAAAGAUUCAGCAAGGAAUUACGAAAAGGUGAAAAAUUCCUUAGAACAAUGUGUCAAUAGCGAUAGUUACGUCAUCUAUAAUUUAAAACAUGACGACGUCAUGAAGGUACCUUGGGAAGACAAUGCGGCGCUUCUUGUUGUUACAUCAGAGCGUCUCUAUGACGGGCUCGAUAAAGCGUUCAUGAAGUUUUACAAUAACGGAGGAAAAAUAGUCAGCUUUAAUUCUAAUCUAGAUGAACAAUUCCUUCCACGUUCACGUUUAUCAAGUGCUCUAUUUGUAUCAGGAAUCGCAUAUAAAAACUGGAACUUAAACUACAUAUGUGGACCAUUUUACUAUGAUAUAGACAUCAAGGACUCUAGGUACGUCACAUACGCUAUAGAUAUGAAGUCAGAGAAGCCAUUGAUGGUCCGUGUGGAUUCUAAAACAAGCGCAGGAGUGGCUAUGUUGUCGCAAAUUUGCUUAGAUAAAGAUCCCUAUGACUUGGCUGUAUCCGAGGAAACAUUCGCUCUACUUCAACAAUCUAAUGAUGAGCGUUUUAACGUCCUUGGGGAUAUUUUGGAGGAUCUGGGGAUUGACUGUAGUAUGCCUGAUAUGCCAGCGCUUACUCCUGCUUAUCUGUUAAGCGUCUCAGAAGCCCGUGCUAUGAUGUUCCUCCAUGCGUUAACACCGAGAUUCAAUGAUGAUGGCAUAUUGAAAUCUACACGUGGCGUGUCACUUCAAUUUAUCCCCCAUGGGGAAUACGCACCUGAACCACGAGAUGAUUUCCUUCCUGUGAUAACAGGACGUCCAAUUGAUUCAACAAGAUUUGAUUUCGAAACAUAUGAGAAAUAUUUGGACGCUGAUUCUCUUGGUAAGAUCAUUCUUUAUACGGAUGUUAUUCCCACGACUAUGGAUGUAUUUGACCCAAUGAUGUUCUACGUCCCUGAGGAAAUCAAUGUGGCAUGUAUCGCAGGGAGGCAGACAUCCGGGAAAGGCAGAGGAGGAAACGUAUGGUUGAGCCCCGAAGGUUGCGCCAUGUUCUCGCUACAUAUGAAUAUACCGCUACAAAGUCCACUUGGUCAACGAGUGUCUAUGAUACAGCAUAUUGCGGCAUUGGCCGUUACGCAAGCCAUCUCUGAAGUCCCCGAGUAUGCAGCAUGUAACAUUAAAGUCAAAUGGCCAAAUGACAUUUACUUUGCAGAUAAGGUCAAGAUAGGUGGCGUUUUUGUCAAAUCCACCGUGCUCUCAGAUCGAUUACAUGCUAUAAUCGGAUGUGGUGUAAAUGUUGAGAACAGCAAACCAAAUUUGUGUCUCAACGACGUUGUCUACCAACAGAAUAUAAAAACUGGCGCAAAUUUAGAAAUGUGGACACGGGAGCGUCUAAUUGCGAGAACAUUCACAUGGAUGGAACAUCUGAUCCAAAUGAUCCAGAACGACCAAAUGACGAAAUUCCUGGAUUUGUACUACGCUGCUUGGUUACAUUCUGGUGUUGUUGUCAAGGUCGAGCAGACUGGUCAGGAAGCGACUGUCGUCGGAAUUGACGAGCACGGGUACCUCUCUGUGAUGCCUCAUGGAUCGCAUAAGUCAGUUAGUCUACAGCCUGAUGGCAAUAGUUUCGACAUAAUGAAAAAUCUCAUCAUUUUGAAAUAAUCUAGUACAUGUACAGCAAAACUUGUUCAAAAACUUAUGGACAUGGGACUGCAAACACUGUUCACCAUUACAUGGGUACUAACCAGACCACAACAUAACAUGGACAUUUUAGGUUUCAUGUUGAUCUCAUCAUACAGCCAACAGGCCCAUAGCCAGGAUUUGCCAAGGGGGGUUCACUUUUUGAAAAAUUCCAGGGGGGUUCACCUGUGACAUUUUUGGUCCAAAAAUGGCCAAAAUCACUUUAAAAAGUGCUCAGAAUGGUGAAAAACUGCAUGAUUUUGAGAGAUUUUUUGGCCAGGGGGGAUUCGCUCGAACCCAUUGAACCCACCUGGCUACGGGCCUGUAAGCGGUGAUACCCAAAACAUACUCAUGGAAUCACGAAGUCUGAUUAUUACCCAUGCUUUAAUUUGAUGUAAAAUGAACCUCUGCAAGUG